AUGUUUUUCUUCUUUCUUUCUUUUUUGUUUCUUUCUUUCUUUCUUUCUGUUUCUUUCUUUCUUUCUUUCUUUCAUUCUUUCUGUUUCUUUCUUAUAUUCUCACUCUCUCUAUCCGUUUUGUCCUAUCCCAGAUCUUGGAAUGAUACGUCUUCUUCUUUCUUUUUAUCUAUUUCUUGCUCUUCUUCUUUCCCUUUCUUUCUUUCUUUCUUUCUUUCUUUCUUUCUUUCUUUCUUUCUUGGCGUAUUACCUUUUAAUCAUUUUCUUUCUUUCUUUCGUUUUUUCUUUCUUUCUUGCUCUUCUUCCUACCAUUUCUUUCUUUCUUUAUUAAUUUUGCAUGUUUUUCUUUCUUUCUUUCUUUAUUUCUUUCUUUAUUUUUUCUUUCUUUCUUUCUACAUUCUUUUUAUCUAUUUCUUGCUCUUCUUCCUUCCCUUUCUUUCUUUCUUUCUUUCUUUCUUUGCGUAUUACCUUUUCAUCUUUUUCUUUUUUCUUUCUUUUUUAUUUAUUUCUUGCUCUUCUUCCUACCAUUUCUUUCUUUCUUUAUUAAUUUUGCGUGUUUUUCUUUCUUUCUUUCUUUCUUUCUUUCUUUCUUCCAUUUCUUUCUUUCAUUAUUAA